GCAAUGGGCCAGCAGCUAUAUGUCAUGUAUAUGGGUCGCACUAUCUGCAGCGGUGAUGUAAACUUCAUCAAAUCAUCGUUUGGUACGGAAUAUGUAUUAACCGUAACGACCAACGAACAGAAUGUUCAAGAGACAGUUAAAAGGCUCGAAGAGGGUAUCACCGGAAUGAUUCGUGGGGCAAGAAUAAGAUCUAAGGAAGGGGAACAAAUACGAAUUGAGCUUCCAAAGGAUCAAGAGAAGAAUUUUCCUGAAAUGUUUGCCAAGCUUGACGAAGAGCAACAAAUGCAGUACGUAAAGGAUUAUAGAUUGACAUAUGGCAUUAUCGAAGAGACAUUUAUGAAAAUGGGUGAGACAACGGAAGUAAAUCGUAGCAUAGAAAUGGAACCUCUCGGUUCUGAACCGACUACUGCUUUUAGG